GGUGGCACCUCGUUUCCCGCGGCCGAGUCGUGGCUGCCACAGGAGGUGAGAUGUGGUCUGAAGGGCGCUACAGCUAUGAGCGACCUGCAAGAGAACGAGUGCCUCCGCGCAGGCACCCUGCUGAUGGCUACCAUAGAGUAGUUAAUAUUGUGCCAAAGAAACCACCACUGCUAGACAGACCGGGUGGAGGAAGCCACAGUAGAUAUUACGGUCAUGUUGAUUACCGACAAUGUGAUGAGGACCACAGUUGUUCUGAUCGAAGAAGUGGUCCGCCUCACAGAGGAGAUGACUCUGCCUACAGGUGGACUAGAGAGGAGCAUUCUGGAAGCCGACAGCCUGAGUACAGGGACAUGAGAGAUGGCUUUAGAAGAAAAAGCUUCCACUCUUCCCAUUACAGGAGAGAUCGGUCUCCUCAUAAAAGAGACGCUCCUUUUCUCCGCGAUUCUCCCGUGGGCCGCAAGGACUCUCCGCACAGCAGGUCCGGCUCCAGCGUCAGCAACAGAAGCUACUCUCCGGAAAGAAGCAAAACUUACUCAUUCCACCAGUCCCAGCAUCGAAGUAAAGAGAGACCUGCCCAGUCUUUGAAAACCUCACGAGAUACUUCGCCAUCGAGUUCUUCAGUGGUUCCUUCAUCAAAGGUGGAACCCACGGGACCAUUGUUCACUGAGCAGCCCGAGGAACCUGAAUCCAGUGCACCCGAAGGCGUGGAAGACAGCCAGCUCAGCACUCGUUCUAAAGCAAUAGAGAUGAAAACCAAAGAGAUUGAGCAGGUUUACCGGCAAGACUGUGAAACGUUCAGGAUGGUUGUGAAUAUGCUGGUGGAGAAGGACCCUUCCUUGGCCAAGUCCAUCCAGCCUGCCCUGCGGCAGAACUUACACGAACUGGGUGAGCGCUGUGUGGGGGAGCUGAAACGCUUCAUUGCCGAAUAUGACACUGCCACUCCUGGGCUCGGAGAGCCGCUCUAGGAGGGUCCUCGCUCAGCAGGAAAGUGUUUCUAGAUGCCCUGAACCCUGGGCUGUGUAAAUUCUUCAUAGAUGGAAGUUUUGCGGUGAAGAGAUGUCCUUUGUGGUAGGUGACCACCUCUCCAUGUCAAAUAAAGCUCCUGCAGCC